ACUGCCCGUGUCAGGCGACGCACAGACGCCGCCAUAUUGGAGGUGGCAGACCCUUUCUUGUAGUCUGCAGAACAGUUGUUGCAGGAGAUGGACGCAAGCAGUGGUUUGAGCGGAGAGUCCGCCGGGAGAGUGACGGGGAGCGUGUCGCCUCUCGCCCAGGGUCCAGAAGAGGUUCUGCGGUACCGCUCUCCCCUGGUGUCCCGAUAUGCCAGCCGGGAAAUGGCCUUUAACUUCAGCGACAGCAAGAAAUUCCAGACGUGGCGGCGGCUGUGGUUGUACCUGGCGCAGGCACAGCGGAUCUGCACUGAUAUUCGCUUGUUGGCCAACUUGAAGGAAGUUGAAGAGCCCUUUGAGAAGGAGCAGAUCGGAUCUAGUGCGAUGCCCUACAAGAGAAAUCCCAUGCGCUCUGAGCGUUGCUGCAGCCUGGCCCGUCACCUCAUGACUCUCAUUAUGGACCCGCUGCAGACUGCUGCUGUACAAUGGUUUGAGCGCACACUGGAUGACAGCGCCAAUAGACGUGUUUGCUUGGCGGAAGCUUUUCUGACUGCAGAUAUUGUACUCAGCACUCUGCAGAAUGUCACAGAAGGGCUUGUGGUUUAUCCUAAGGUGAUCGAAAGGCGCAUCCGCCAGGAGCUUCCAUUCAUGGCUACAGAGAAUGUGAUUAUGGCGAUGGUGAAAAAUGGAGGGAAUAGGCAGGACUGCCAUGAGCGUAUCCGGGUGCUCUCCCAACAAGCUGCUGCCGUAGUAAAGCAAGAAGGUGGAGACAAUGACCUGAUCAGCAGAAUCCAAUCUGACCCCUACUUUGCUCCUAUUCAUGGACAACUAGAACAAUUGCUGGACCCAAAAUCCUUUAUUGGAAGGGCUCCUCAACAGGUGGUAACAUUUAUGAAGGAAGAGGUGAUUCCACUUCUGACCCCCUAUCAGAAUAAGAUGGAUGUGAAGAUUGAGCUGGACCUUUGAUGUGUGCCAAGAUGAAAUAUAUUUUUUUGGAAAUGCAUCUGUAUAAUUUAUCGGAGUGAUCCUUUUUGGGAAAUCCAGGUCUUUAACUGCACUGCCUGCUACUGUUUUAUAAAAUGUUCACUGCUGUAUUUACUGUGUGGAAACUUACUUAAUAGAAUUUACAGCCUUAGAUAUUUGUUUUUUUUCCUGAUCUUGAGAAUUUUCUUAUCUUGCUGAUUUGCUUCACUUAGUCCUCAAGUAAUAUUCUUACAGCAUGAAAGCUGUACAAACUGUUAUAGCCCAAAUGUGUGUGUUUUUUUUUCAGGCACUUGCUUUAAAGAGGUAUUCUCACCUUUUACAGCAAAUUCUGUUGAUAUGGCAUACAUUGCUGACGGUAGGAAAAAUGGAUUAAUACAGCUCACCAACCCCAAAAUUCCAGGUCCUUGGGAUCAAGUGCACUGCCCCAGUACAGGAGAAAACCCAAUAGAAAGGUCCUGGCAGGAAGAGAUAUCUGGCACUCUGUGGAAUUGAAAGAUGUAUAAAAUCCAACUUUUAUUUAAUAACGUCUAUAUAAAAUAUCCAAGCAGACCCAUGCUUAUAAAAAAAAAACUGACACAUUUUGCCUUUUUCUAAAACAAAGGGCUACUUGCUAAAUCAGUGAAAUCACCGCUAUGCCCUCUCUCUACAGCAGAAACCAAACCAACAAAAGAAAUGUCCCUUUACUGCCAAACACAAUUAGUAUUAACAUAUAUGUAGUGUUACAAAAUAUAAAGAUAUGUUUCAAAGAGAGUAAAUUACUCUGCAUCAAAUAUCAAUAAACACAAUAUAAUUGUUCACACAUACUGUAAAUAACAUCCUAAUGUGAUUAAUGAUGCAAAAAUACAAAGAUACAAAAAUAAAUACUAAAAUGUAGAAAUG